AUGGAGGAUGCUUCUUACUUGUGUGACUUGAGUUUCUAUUCUUCAUCUAGUGCCGGAGAUUCACUAAUUGCAUCCGACAAGAUGGGGGUUGUGCACAUAGUGGCGCCUGUGAUGAGCACGAUGAGUGUGGAUCAUUUCAAGAAAGAUAUCAAGUUCUAUCCCACUGAUGAUCUAUGCUUUACUACUGCAGACAUGUUCAAGGGAAUACGGGUAUGGGACAGAUGCCUCGGAGAGGUGGUAUAUUCCUAUAAGGAGGAUAGUAUUAAGAUGCAUGCAUAUAGCCGGACAGGAUGCUUGGGGGCUGUCGGAGAAGGGUGUGUGAAGCUCUAUGAUCUCAGAGUCAGAUAUAACAUUGAUGCAAUACCUCUAAAGAUGUGCUGGAAGGCUGAGUGGGGAGAGGAUAAGAUAUAUUGUAUCAACGACGAGUGUGUGGUUGAGUAUGACACUAGGAACAUGAGCAGCAUGAUGUGCUCUGAGAAGAGCGAAGCACAAUUGAAAAAGAAAGACAUUGAAGGAAUUCUUGACUUUGCCAGCACCAGCAAAGGAGAGUUCUGCACGGUUCUGAGGGAAGAGGUGACGUAUCUAAUGAGGAUAUCUGGGCUGGAGGUAAUGGAAGGAACCAGAAGAACAUCGGUUGGGGGUAAGAUCAUAAAGAUUGAAGACUCUUUUGAUGAUUUUGUGAUUGGAACAGUGAACGGAAGUACAAUGGGUUUUUAUGAAUAUAAGGACACCUGGACACACAAGUUCGACGGGCUCACGAAUGUGGAUUGGAUGUGGUUUGGGAAGAACAAGACAUAUAUGUUUGCAGAUAGAAAGGUGUAUUUCAUGGUGGGAGGAUACGAAAGGUUCAAAACGGCUAUGAAAGGAGGACCAGACACUGCUGAAGGAUGA